AGGGAGGGGUAUGCGUCAAGCUCAAGUGCGAAGAAGAACUUUUAUACAAUGGGGAUGUGAUCAAUUUACAGAGCUACUUGACAAAAUUGUAAAACAUACCACAUGGCGGUCAAUUCACAUAUCUCUUAAAUAUUCGUACAAAUUCCCAAAAUUAAAAAAACGUAUAUCGUCUCUUCCAAGUCAAAUACCAAUUUCCAACAUCCAAAUUGUCUCACAAGACGAAGAAAAUGGCAUUUACAGCUUACUCUGCUCUCUCGUUCAAAUCCCUCCUCCACCCCGAACCCAUCAAACACCAUCCUUCACUCCCUCAGCUACCAACCCACAAACCCAUCUCAGCCGUCCAUGCCGCCGAUCCAUCAAAGCCCUCCGGUGCACCACAACCCACCUUUCCAACCCAACCCAAAUGGACCCUCGGCAGCUGGAAGGCCAAGAAGGCCCUGCAGCUCCCAGAGUACCCAGAUCAGGAGGAGCUGGCCUCGGUCCUCGGCACCCUCGAGACCUUUCCGCCCAUUGUGUUUGCUGGGGAGGCCAGGAGCUUGGAAGAGAAAUUGGGUCAGGCUGCCAUGGGCCAGGCCUUCCUUCUUCAGGGUGGUGAUUGCGCUGAGAGCUUCAAGGAAUUUAAUGCUAACAAUAUAAGGGACACCUUCCGUGUGCUUCUUCAGAUGGGCGUUGUGCUUAUGUUUGGUGGCCAAAUGCCUGUUAUUAAGGUAGGGAGAAUGGCGGGUCAGUUCGCAAAGCCAAGAUCAGAUCCAUUUGAGGAGAAAAAUGGCGUGAAGCUGCCUAGUUACAGAGGUGACAAUGUCAACGGUGAUGCGUUUAAUGAAAAGGAAAGACGUCCAGACCCCCACAGGAUGGUUAGUGCUUAUUGCCAAUCUGUGGCAACUUUGAACCUCUUGAGGGCAUUUUCCACUGGAGGGUAUGCCGCCAUGCAGAGAGUCACCCAAUGGAAUCUGGAUUUUACAGAGCAUAGCGAACAGGGAGAUAGGUACCGUGAACUGGCUAACCGGGUAGAUGAAGUCCUUGGAUUUAUGGCUGCUACUGGACUCACAGUUGACCACCCAAUCAUGACUACAACAGAGUUUUGGACAUCUCAUGAAUGCUUGCUUCUGCCUUAUGAACAAGCACUUACUAGGGAGGAUUCUACUUCUGGGCUUUACUUUGACUGUUCUGCUCACAUGCUGUGGGUUGGGGAACGAACUCGCCAACUGGACGGUGCACAUGUUGAGUUUUUGAGAGGAGUUUCUAAUCCCCUUGGCAUCAAGGUGAGUGAUAAAAUGGAUCCAAAUGAGCUUGUUAGGCUCAUAGAGAUCCUCAACCCCAAGAACAAACCAGGAAGAGUAACAGUAAUUGUGAGAAUGGGAGCUGAGAACAUGAGAGUGAAGCUUCCUCAUCUGAUCAGGGCUGUCCGCGGAGCAGGUCAAAUUGUCACAUGGGUUAGUGACCCUAUGCACGGAAACACAAUCAAAGCUCCUUGUGGACUCAAAACUCGUUCCUUUGAUGCAAUUAGGGCUGAGCUGAGAGCGUUCUUUGAUGUCCAUGAUCAAGAAGGAAGCUACCCAGGAGGUGUUCAUUUAGAGAUGACAGGGCAAAACGUGACAGAGUGUGUUGGAGGUUCACGAACUAUAACUUAUAAUGAUCUGAGUUCGCGCUACCACACUCAUUGUGACCCAAGGCUCAACGCUUCACAAUCUCUUGAACUUGCCUUUAUCAUUGCUGAGCGGCUACGUAAGAGAAGGCUUGGAUCAAGGCACUUUCCGGCCUCUGCUGUUAUAUAGGAGAUUCCACCUAUGCUUGAAUCUGAAUUCAGAAAAUCGUGGUGAGCUGUAUGUAUUAUGUAUAGAGUAGAAGGUGUGAUAGUAUGAGAUAUAUAAAGCAAAGGCUUUCAACUGCAUCAGGAAAUCGAACAAAUAUGAUAUCGAUGGAUUUGCCAAGUUACAAAGAUGAUACUUGUGUUUGUGAUGAUGGUUUAAAAAUUAUUGCAGCAGACAUAUAAUGAUGUAUUUCUCUGUGUAUGAAUAAGCUAAUUUUGACUUAAGCUCUUCAGCAUGA